GUAAGGAAAUACGAAAUAAGAAAUAUUCACAGAUUAUGGGGCUCUUGGCGCCGUUUAUUCUCACAGUGCUGCUGGUCUGGGUGGCCAUGAAGAUCAUGAAAUGGAGUGCCUCGGUGCGUGCGCUGGACAGCAUUAAAGGCCCCAAGGAGCUCCCCAUACUGGGCAACGCGCUGGAUUUUCUUGUCCCUCCCGACGAAAUACUAGGCGUCAUGAUCUCGAUGUGUCGUAAGGACUCGCCCAUGACCAGGUUUUGGAUGACGAAGUUCAAGCCGUACGUGGUUCUGCACAGCGCACCAUGUGUAGAGGUGCUGCUUAGCGGAAAUAAAGCUCUCACAAAAAGUUCCGAUUAUGAUUAUCUGCUGCCGUGGCUGGGGCGAGGUCUUCUCAUCUCGACAGGGGCGAAAUGGUUUGGCCGUCGAAAGAUGUUAACCCCCGCAUUCCAUUUCAAAAUUUUGGAAGAUUUUGUCGAAGUUUUCAACCAAAAAUCGGCAAUAUUAGUCAGUAAACUUGCAGAAAAGGCAACCGGAGAAGCGUUCGAUAUCUUCAACAUGGUUACAAUGUGCACCCUGGAUACAAUCAUGGAAACCACGAUGGGUCUCAGCAUGGACGUGCAGCGGCAAUCCGAAAUCCCGUACGUGGAGGCGGUCCACAAGAUUUCCAGUAUUGCUCAAGAUCGUCAGAAGAAACUUUGGCAACAGUGGGACUGGCUUUUCCGCCUCGUGGGAGACGGCAAAGAGCACGACAGAUGCCUUAAGAUUUUACACGGCGUCUCUUUGACAACUAUUCGCGAACGUCGCCGCCUCUACGCGGCUUCCAGUAAAAGCGACAACUCCGCUCCAGAAGGCACCAAGGAGCGCCUGCCGUUCCUAGACCUGCUGUUGAAAUACUCGGCCGAGGGCGUGGACUUGAGUGAUGAGGACAUCCGUGAGGAGGUGGACACGUUCAUGUUCGAGGGACACGACACCACCGCCACCGCCGUCAACAUGACCCUCUACCUGCUGGGGAGUCAUCCGCAGGUCUUGGCAAAAGUUCACGAAGAGCUUGACGCGGUGUUGGGUGACGACGAGUUCAUCAGCAGCGAGCAUCUCACGCAGCUCAAGUACCUGGAGCGCUGCGUGAAGGAGGCGCUCAGGCUGUACCCUUCUGUGCCGAUCAUCGGGCGAGUCAGCGCUCAGGACCUUGUCAUCGAUGGAAAACUUAUUCCUGCGGGAACCAACUUGAUGAUCUUCAUUUACCUCCUGCAUCGUGACCCAGAGCAGUUCCCAGACCCUGAAACUUUCGACCCUGACAGGUUCCUUCCAGAGCAGAUUGCCAAGAGGCAUCCUUAUGCCUACGUGCCUUUCAGCGCCGGCCCUCGCAACUGCAUCGGCCAGAAGUUUGCACUGAUGGAGGAAAAGGUGAUACUGGCGAGCGUGCUGCGACGGUUCACCAUCAAGAGCCUUCAUCGCCCGCAUGAGCUGCGGAUGAUGGGCGAGAUCAUCUUGAGGCCCAAGCGAGGGGUCAUGUUGAAGAUGUGGCCCAGAAACAACUAACAAACCAUCGCAAAUGGUCUGCACACUAACUUUGAAUUUCAAAUGUAGCUUGGCAAAUUAUUUACUGACGAUAAAUCGAUAAGUUGGCUUAACAAAAAUUUGUCGAGUAAUAAUGAGGAUUUCUUGUUUAGUUCUGCUCAAAUAAAGACUCAUUUUGACACUGAAUUAAAAUUUAGGAGUAAAUUAGUGUAUGAAAACAUUUACACUAUUGAAAUUGUUGAAAUUGUGAAUUAGGCUUCUUUCGAACUGACUGGUAUGAUAAUGAUUUGGGGGGAACGAAAAAAAAUCAUUCAACCUCUGCGGAUUGGAAUGAUGGCUAUUUAAUUAGACAAAAACGUGAUUCAGAGAGAGGACACAUCUUAGUUUCGUGUUUUGAGCUCCAUUGUACUAAUCAAGAUCCAGUUGCUACGAGAGCCAUUUCAUGUUCGUCAGCUAUAAAGCUGGCGAACAUUUGAUAAACGUUGAUGCCCUUAACUAUAUUAUUAUAUAUGGUGUUCAACAAAAAUUUCCCAAACUUU